GGAAAAGUCGUUGAUUUUCUUGUAAAAUCUUCUUAUUGUGGUGAAUGUCAAUCAUGAAGGAUCGUCAGGCAAAAUGGAAGUAGACGCCAUGAUAGAAUUAUUUUCAAGAUCUGUCGAAAAGCAUGGAGUUAUGUACACAAAUUACGUGGGGGAUGGCGACUCUAAGACGUACACGGGGAUAAUAAAUGCGAAACCGUAUGGUGAUGAGAAUGAAAUUGUUAAAAAAGAAUGCGUGGGGCACGUUCAAACGCGAAUGGGAACCCGUCUUCGCGGAUGCAAAAAAAAUAAUCCUGGAAUCGGCGGCAAAAACAAAUUGACAGCAAAGCUUAUAGAUAAACUGAGCAUUUACUAUUGUUUAGCUAUUCGCAGAAACUGUAACUCCAAGGAUGACAUGAAAAAAGCGAUAUGGGCAACAUUCUACCAUUACAGCUCAACAGACAGCAAGCCUCAGCAUCAUUUCUGUCCAGAAGGCCCCGAAUCGUGGUGCAAGUGGCAACAAGCGAAAGCUACAAAUAAACUGAAAAAUUUCCGUCACGAUUAUGCUGCAUUGCCAAAAGAGGUGUUAGAUGUCAUUAAACCAAUAUACGAAAACCUCAGCAAUGACAAAUUGUUAGAACGCUGUGUUGGCGGAUAUACCCAAAACUCCAAUGAGAGCUUCAACCAACUGAUUUGGAAGAUAGCUCCAAAAACGAUGAACAGCGGAGCCGAAAUCGUUAACAUUGCUGUAUUUCUGGCAACAUACAUGUUCAACAAUGGUGUCACCUUAUUAUUGGAAAUUAUGAAUGUGUUGGGAAUAUCAGUUGGUUCAGGAACACACUUGUACGCUGCAGAAGAAGACGAAACUCGCAUUGCGAAAGCCGAGCUGCAAGCGCAAGAACAGACAAAAGAAGGUCGAAUACGGCGCCGACAACAAAAUUUAGAAGAAAUCAACAUUCCGUUGACCGAGGAAGACCCUACACUAUGGGUCUGGUAUCGAUGA